GACGUCAGGACAGACCGGACACGAUGUUUGAUGAUGCCAAUAUGGUUUAGUCAUGGUAUUAUGACAGACAAAUAAACAAUUCUGUGACUUGAAGAGUUUUCAACGUUUUCAGUAAUUCUGUUAUAUACUUUGAACAGCUUAACACGCAAUGACUCGCGUUUUUAUAUUUUUUAUAUGGAUUUCAUUAACAGUCAAAUCAAUUGAAUGCACAUGUAGUCUGCCCACAGAAUGGGACGGCACGUGGUACGAUAGUUACAGGGGAGAUGUUGUUUUCGACCACAACAACGCACAAGUAACCUCUGGUUGGACAUUGUCAUCGUACUCCUCAUCAGUUUCGGCAUUUACCUGUGUUACAGAGGACACUGGAUACUACCUGUUUAAAGGUGAUUCCUUUGUGCAGUUAUUCUCCAACGAUUACAACGCAUUUUAUUGUAUAAAGUAUACGAAGAUUACAGACUAUAGUUACUACUACUAUCUCUAUUCAGACACUGAAGCAAACGCAAACAAUGAGAGAGCCUAUGUAGAGUUGUACGAUGCAGCAGUAACUACAUUUCCGGUAUCCACGUACUGUAGCCCUUCAACCCCUCCAAGUACAGAGGAAUUCCAUGUCAUGGUAAAAUCAGGCUAUGAAUCAAAUAUGAAACAAUGGUUCCCUACCCCAUUGUUAGGUAAUUUUUAUUACACGUACAAUGACGGUAGUACUGAUACCUGUGGAGUUAACUCUGUGUGGGACGAUUGUACAAACAGAACAGAAGCUGUGUUUAAUUAUACACUAUGUAGUACUAAAGUCUUAUUCUCUUCGGAUGGUCAGCUAAACUGUGCAACUUACCUAAGUAGUGGAUCCACAUACUAUGUCUCUGUGUUAAAUCUAGAUACCACAGUAACCAGUCCGUCAACGUAUAGAUUUACAUGUAUGACCGUGACCCAGUCUGGAAGUACAGUGUAUGUAAGUACUAACCCAGGGGACUGUGUGGCUGGACAAUCAUCUACAGUGAAAACAACAGACGGCGGGACAGUAACACUUACCCCUUAUUGUAAGAUAGGGAUAUUGAAUGAAACAUAUUUUUAUUCUUUUAUAGCGUUCACCACAGAUUCAUCGACUUCCUCUGCAGGGAUAUCUAUCAUUCCUAUUGUAGCGGCUGUAAUUGCCAUCCUGCUUAUACUACUCAUAGUAUUCCUUGCCUGUUUUCUUUACAAAAAACACAAGAAAAAUAACGAAGAAGCCAAAAUCCAGAGUAGUGACCAGGAGAAGAAGCCAAUCGAAAGUAAUGGGAGAGUUAAAGAGGGAACGAGAGUUCACCCAAGUACAUUUGACAUUGAAUCAUUUGAGUCAGGAGACAAGGAAGAUACCAUGACAGAGUAUUCAUUAUACAUAAAAUCCGAAUCUGAUAUGAUUGUAGAACCAAUGACAGCCCGCGAUGCUCUCUCAGUUGACCUACCAGACGACGAUGACAGAGGACUGGUACCCCUGUCUGAUUACCCUAGACCAGCUCCUCCAUCAACACCUAUGUCACAAGCCAUCAGAUCACAAAUUCCGGACAUGGAACAACCGUCGAUUCCACCAAUCACGACAAAAAUGGGUGCUAGACCAGCCAGUGCCAUCAGAUUAGACCAUAUCAUGCUGUAAGAGUAUGCCAUUAUAUUCCUCAUCAUGCAUAAAUAAUGGAAAGGAAAUAAGAUUCAGUAUCUGUAAUAUGUUUGAAGAACACUGAUUGAGAAAAAGGUUGCAGAUUUUACACAUUGAAUGUCUAGUAACAGUAUCAUGGUUGCUGUUUUGUUACAUUGUUGAUUUUAAAUUUUGCUAAUAGUGGAUUUGGGAGGUUCACACUCUAAACAUAAAUUUACAACUACUAAGCGUAA